AUGGAUCGGUACACCCCAUGCCAAUUUCUCCAGGCGAAUGUCAACCAUUCCGCUGGUGCGCAGGAUCUCCUUCUGCAAUCCAUGCUGGAAUGGUCAAUAGACGUGUCGGUCGUAUCAGAGCCCUACUAUGUGUCAUCCCAACCUAAUUGGGCGGGGGACCCUGAGGGCUCUGUCGCCAUCAUCGCCUCAAGCAAUUACCCAGCCCUGCCACUCAACAUCAGGCACAGGGAAGCUGGGCUGGUCUCGGCUACCUGGGGCAACCUCACUGUGAUCGGUCUAUACUUCUCCCCGAAUAGGCCGAUCUCAGAGUUUGAGGCAUUUUUCGAUCGGGUCGGUAUGGUGGUGCUUCGUGCUUCUACUGUCAACGUGGUGGUGCUCGGAGACUUCAAUGCCAAGAGCACGGCUUGGGGUUCUCCGGCAACCAACGACCGAGGCAUGAUAGUGGAGGAUUGGGCACAAAGAUGUGGGCUUGUGCUCGCCAAUCAAGGCUCUGUCAACACGUGCGUCAGAGCGCAGGGUGGGUCCAUAGUGGACUUGACGUUCACUACCCCUGCGCUCUCAUCGCGCGUGCGGAAUUGGAGGGUCAUGGAGGACCUCGAAACGCUAUCAGACCAUCGAUACAUUCGGUUCGAGGUAUCUCCCUCCUCUUCUGGAGACGUGAUAACCCAGGAUGUCGUGGCUCAGGCUUUUCCCAGGUGGUCGCAAACUCGCCUCAACGAGGACCUCCUAAUAGAGGCCUCUAUCGUCCAAGACUGGACGAUGCGUUCGUUGGGGCCAGUAGACGCGAACGAGGCCGCCCUUAGAUUUCGCAGGGCAAUGACCGAAGUUUGCGAUGCGAGUAUGCCUCGAGCCAAGCGCAGACCUCCAAAACGACAGGUGUACUGGUGGUCGCAGGAGAUUGCUGACCUCCGUACGGUCGCGUCCUCGAGGCGUCGUGCUUACACCAGACACCGCCGGCUGCGCCACCGGGACGAGGAAAUGGAGCAGAUGCUCCAUGACCUCUACUUGGAGGCCAAGAAGGCCCUUCAGCUUGCCAUCUAUAAAGCCAAGUCUGAUGCGCGCAAAGCAAUGCUGGAUGAUCUCAGCAAGGAUCCAUGGGGACGCCCGUAUCGUGCGGUGAGGAAUAAACUUCGCCCACAGGCACCCCCCUUGACUGAGACUCUUCAACCUCAGCUGUUGGGGGAGGUGGUUACGGCUCUGUUCCCGGACGGGCCGGAGCACCCUUCCCCAACCAUGGCGAACCCUCACAACGAGGAUGAGAUUGAAGAGGCAGGAGAGGACAUCCCUCUGACAACUCCAACUGAGUUGCAUCGGGCGGUGCGCAAAUUAAGGGCCAAAUCCACUGCCCCAGGCCCUGAUGGGGUACCUGGCAGAGCCUUAGCAAUGGCACUAGACAUAUUGGGUUCUCACCUAACCGGGAUUCUCGAUACUUGUCUAGUGGCAAGGGAGUUUCCAAGCUGCUGGAAGGACGGGCGAUUAGUGCUGCUGAGAAAAGAGGGACGCCCAGAGGAAUCCCCAUCAGCCUAUCGCCCCAUUGUCUUGCUGGAUGAUGCAGGUAAGAUCUUUGAGCGCAUCCUUGCUCACCGCAUCAACCAGCAUCUGAAUUCUGUAGGUCCCGAUCUGUCCAACCAACAGUUCGGCUUCCGAGAGGGCCGCUCUACCAUCGACGCCAUUAAGUGCGUCAAAGCCCUCUCGGACCAGUCGGUUGCAUCAGGUGGCGUGUUGUUAGCGGUGUCCCUGGACAUUGCAAAUGCUUUCAACACGCUGCCGUUCUCGUGCAUUGAAGAGGCUCUCCGGUACCACCGAGUGCCUCUGUACCUGAGACGCACAAUUGGGGCCUACCUACACAGUAGGCGUAUCCUUUAUACAGGACGGGACGGCCGUAUCCAGAGCAAGACCAUGAAAUGCGGUGUUCCACAGGGGUCUGUCCUUGGACCGCUCCUGUGGAACAUUGGAUAUGAUUGGGCUCUACGUGGUGCCAUACCAUCUGGCACCAGUGUCGUCUGCUAUGCAGAUGACACACUCGUUACGGCACGUGGGCGAACCUAUGAAGAGGCAGCAGAACUUGCCACUGAGGGUUGUGCUGCUGUUAUCCGGCGGAUACGAAGGCUGGGUCUGAAGGUGGCCCUCAACAAAACUGAGGCUCUAUGCUUUCAUGGACCUCGGAGGGGGCCGCCUCCAGACUCCAGCAUUCUAAUUGGAGAGGUCCGUAUCCCAGUCAGGCCUCAGAUGAAAUAUCUUGGCCUACAUCUGGACGGGAGAUGGGACUUCCGAGAGCAUUUUCGACGACUAGCUCCCAAGCUCGUCGGAGCCGCAUCUGCUCUCGGAAGACUGCUGCCUAAUCUGGGUGGGCCAAAUAUGACCUGCAGACGACUGUACGUCAACGUCGUGAGGUCUAUGGCGCUCUAUGGGGCACCGGUGUGGGUCGAAGCUCUGACGCGCCCAAAUCUGACCUUGUUGUUCAGGGCACAACGGGUCAUCGCGGUCAGAGCCAUUCGAGCAUACCGCACCGUGUCACAUGAGGCUGCCUGUGUCUUGGCCGGCACUCCCCCAUGGGACUUAGAUGCCGAGCUGCUGGCUGAGACAUAUGACAGGAGACAGAGGGCUGUGGAGGAAGACAGGCAAGCCGAAGAUCUGGCUGCCGACGAACUGAUGAGAUGGAGACGACAAGUUCGGCGUCGACUCCUACAGAAAUGGAGAGAACGGCUCGAAGAGCCUAAGGCUGGCGUAAGAACCAUCAGCGCCAUCCGCCCAGUCCUACAGGAAUGGGUGAACAGGCGCCAUGGCUCACUCACCUACCGGCUCGUGCAAAUUCUAUCUGGGCACGGCAGCUUCGGCAAAUACUUGUGCCACGUAGCCGGUAGGGAACCAACGACGAUCUGCCAUCACUGCACCUGCAGUGAAGACACGGCAGAACAUACCUUGGCGGUAUGCCCUGCAUGGGCUCAGCAGAGGUCUGCUCUCACUGCUGUAGUGGGAGGCGAUCUCUCUCUUCCGGCCGUGGUGAGAGCUAUGGUCGGAAGCAAGAGAUCCUGGGAUGCUGUGGUCUCCUUCUGUGAGGACGUGGUGGCACAGAAGGAGACAGCGGAGCGAAUAAGGGAGGACGAUCCCCUCUCGGCUCCGAUCCGCCGGAGAAGAACAGGGAGAAGAAGGAGAGCAUAUGUGCUGUAUCAUGACAUAGAGGGAGUCCUCGGUGCUGCGCUGCGGUGUGAAGCCAAACUGACGCCGGCUCAUGUUCGGCAGAGUGUGCCAUCGGAUACGACGAAUCAACAUCUUUUCCAAGAUCUUACCCAGGACAGGCAGCAGUCCUAUAGGUCUGUAAGAUUUGGGGUGCGUGUAGUCAUCCUUUCCUUGCUUGCGCAGUACUGCCACUACCGCCUCUUUCCAGAUGGUGGGAAAGGCAACAGCCGCCUUACAAAUGUCCGCUGUGAGACCAUCAAGUCCUGGGGCCUUCUUGGGGUUAAAGCUCGAAGUCGCCCACUCCAGUUCCUCUACAGUGAACGGGGGGUCGCAUGGGUCAUCAUGCGCCUUUUUGUUUGCCACUUCAGCCAUUUGGCGAACUCGCUUGUGGUCUGCAUUGUCAUUGUUGGCGUCAUCUUCCGGGUAGAAGGUUUCUGCCAACAGACUUGCAGACUCCUCGGCUCCCAAGACUGCUCCGUUGUUAGUGAGCGAAUCGCCUUGUGGUCGGAACUCGUCAAACCUCCGUCUAGUCUCCAGUUCUCUAUUCGUCCGAGCAUGUCCGUGGAGCAAGUGGUCACAUCGACGCAGCUGGUGCGGUUCAACGAGGUCAACUUAGUCUACGACAGUGUCAGCGACGUCCCGGACGGUGUCUACGGUGCGGUUCAACGAGAGUGCAACGGGGUCAACGGUAUAGUAACCGGUGUCAAUGACUGCCGGGACGGUGUCUACGAAAUGGCUCCGUCAUCCGAGCACCAGCAGGAGCCGCGCAGCAGCGGCUACUUUACACGAGCGGCCAAACGGCCUCUGGGGGAAGACCCUGGUUCGAUCUCGGACCCAGAGUCUCCUGUGCUCUUUGACGGCAAAAGCCGUUGGUUAAAGGCACCACCCAAAAGAGGUCGCGGACGCCCCACGUCAACUGGGGCACACGUUGGUCUUGAAAAGGCCAAAAAGGACCUGAAAGCCCUGCAAGAGCAGGACUUUGCGGCGACGGCUGAGGAGGAGAUGGAGGGAGGGAAGAAGCGCUCGACCAGUGCCUCUAAACCCAAAACCUCCUCCAUCAGAAAUGUGGAGGAACUCCCAACGGAGACUCUCAGGGAGAGGGCGCAGGAGUUCUUAGACACGGUCUCCAGAGUGUCUAAGAACUCUGGCAGGCUUAAGGGAACCUACCAGCGGGACCUCAACGAGGCGGUGGAUUUCCUGCGGAUGGCUGUUGACGUGAGCGCAGCGCGAAGUGUGUCCACCGAGACACGAAUACUUCAGGCUCGAUGCAGCCGUCAAGAGGCCGAACUCGCGGACCUCCGUAAGGAGGUCGCGGAUCUGCGAGCUGGCCUAGAGCGUGCUGAGCGACGGAUAGCUCCGGCUCCGGUGGUGGAGCGGACGCCCCAGCCAACCGAGGGAAUGCCUCAGACAACAGAGGAACUGGUGCGGUCCAUCAUGGUACAAGUAGGUACUAUGGUGAGUGCACGGUUCGAGGCUCUGGAGGGACGCUUGUUGCCGGAGAAGCGGAUUCGUCCUCCACUGGCGGCGGACAGGAAGAUGGAGACCAGCGCAGUGCCGGGCCCUUCAAAGGCCCCCGUCCCAUCAACCUCGCAAUCCUCCGCCCCGGCUCCGGCACGGACGACGCGGUCCACUGCUGCUGCAGCAACCAAGCAGGCAACUGCAGUGAUGCAAAGGGAGAGGGCCCCUGACCGGCUGCCCCAAACGCCGGCGCCUUCUGCCCAGAAGAGCAAAGGCAAAGGCAAGGGCAAAGGGAAGGGGAAAGGCCAGAAGGCACCCGCGAAGGAAUCUUCUGCGACGAGCCCACAAUUGCAGCCCUCGGUUGCAUCUCGCUCGCAGCCCUCGAAGGAGCUUCGCUCACAGCCUCAGGCGAUGGCUAGUCGUCAACCUCAAACGACUACCCGCGCUCAACCCCCACCAGCUCCAUCUGUGACUGACCAAAUGUGGUCCACGGUGGUGAAACGUGGGAAGAAGGGCAAGGCUGCAGCGACGAAGGUCACAAGACCAGCAGAGGAGGGACCCACCAUGGAGCACAAGGCUUCAAAGUUGAAGCCACCCCGCUCUGCGGCUGUGGUGGUCACCAUCUGCCCCCAGGCAGAGGAGAAGGGAGCCACGUAUGCAAAGGUGCUUGCUGAGGCCAAGAGCAAGAUAGAUCUGGCCAGCCUUGGCAUACAAGCCCUCCGCUUCCGGAGAGCCGCCACGGGGGCGCGAAUGCUCGAGUUGCCGGGAGCAAACAACGAGGGCAAGGCGGAUGUUCUUGCUGAAAAACUCAGAGGCAUUUUCAGCGCCGAGGACAUACGGAUAUCUAGACCGGUCAGAUGCACGGAAGUGCGACUGUCCGGUCUGGAUGAUUCCACCACGAUGGAAGAGGUGAUUGCGGCCGUUGCGAAGUCUGGAAGCUGCUCGGAGGGGGCUAUAAAGUGCGGUGAAAUCCGCACCGAUGGAUCGGGACUUGGCACCGUUUGGCUACGUUGCCCGGUGAUGGCCGCCAAAAAACUGGCGGAGGCGCAACGAUUGCUCGUGGGUUGGGUGUCAGUAGCUGUCAAGCUACUAGAACACAGACCCCUGAGAUGCUAUCGCUGCAUGGAGAGGGGACACGUGCGUGCACAAUGUGCUGGAUCGGAUGACCGCAGUAAUGUAUGUUACCGCUGCGGUAAACCGGGGCAUAAGAGUGCUCAAUGCACAGAAAAGCCGCACUGUGCAGCGUGCGCCACGGCACAAAAACGGGCGGAUCACGUGAUGGGGGGCAAAUCUUGCACUUCCCCGUUACGAAAAGGGAGGCUAGCUGUGAGGGAAAAACCAGGUCCCUCACAACCUGAACGCCAGACAUCUGCGCCCGAAAGGGUAGAGCAGAUGGAGGCGAUGGAGGAGGACAGCACACCAGCUCCUAAUAAGUGA